UCCAUGCCGGCCUAACCAAACUAUUGCUUGUGUACUAACCUAAUUUAAAUUUCACUUUUUAUACUAACAAAUGACUAUAUUUUGUCUGAAGACUGAUAUUUACGGUGAUGGCUGGAAAUUUGGAUGACUUAGAUCUUCAACAUUCAGAUGAUGAUGGGCAGUUGCCAGCUGAUCAUAACAAGCUUCUUGGAGCUGUCUCUCAGCUUUAUGAAAAGAAAAGAGUAAAAGCUCCAACACGGAAGGAGCCUAGUCUAGAAGUUUCAGAGUUCCACUUAAGUCAGCCAGACAAGAAGCAGGGUCGAGUCAAGGUUACAGAGCUUGCUAAGGUGCUCAACAAACGAGCUGUCCAUGCAGAAAUCGGCCAUAAACUAAAAGUAGCUCGUAAACGAGCUAGAACUUUGCCUAGGCCGUUGGAAAAAUAUCAUGCUGACCAGAUAACUCGAGCAGCGGGAUACGAGCAUGCCAAGAGACAACUAAAUCGCUGGGAUGCUGUGGUCUACCAGCACAAAGUUGCUGAACAACUGCGAUUCCCGCUUAAAAAUGAAACUGUCAGAGUUCACCAGGAAACUACAGAUGUUUCAAAACUAUUUCGGAUAUCAGAUGUUCCGUACCCAUUCACCAGUGUGAAGGAGUACGAGGCAGUAUCAGAGCCCCUCUGGGUGCUACCUGGGUGCCCCAGACAGCCCAUACCAAGCUGA